GGCUGAGAAAGAUAACUAUUUUCAAAAUAGAAUCCAAGAAGCAAACAAUUAAUAGUUAUUGUUGAUGUUUCUGUCAGUUUAGAGGCUAUGUUAGUCCGUGUUGUUAUUAUUUCAUGAAACGCAUUUCUACCACAGUGAAUUCAUCAAAUGAGGAGAAGCGGUGGCGGCACCGGCUGGAGACAGACAUCGACGCAUGCGCCCCACCCUUGCAAAAUGGCCCCGGGCGUCGUCAACGAGGAGCGUCGUCUCCGGGUGACGAGGAUCAGGAAGACCGUCGUGCACCAGGAUACUGUGACAAUGAUGUGAGCUGUAGUUUCAGUGAUGCACCAGGAUACUGGCAGGAGGAUGUGAACUGUAGUUUCAGUGAUUUCUUGUAUUGGAGGGUUGAACCUGUUGUGUUAGACAUGGGGAAUCUGCAGGGCUCGGAGGGGAAGAAGGCGGCCGGAAAAGGAGGCCAAACGAAAGCGAAAGGCAAGAAGUCGCCCGUGAGAGAACUGUUCAAGCACCAGGGAAUAAAGAAGGGAAAAGAGCAGGUUGGCAGCAGUGUCGGUGACCUUAGUGUGGGAACAGCUGGUGAAGCGAUCGUGACCACCGACUCGUGGCGACAUGCCAAAGAACUGCAGCAGCAGAGGACGAGCACGCUCCAUGACAGCGAGGAUCACCAACAGGCGGGACCUUCCUCCGAGGAUCACGCAUCCUCGCCGGUCGCACCGGCUGACUCCAACACGAGCAGCGAGGAGUCAGUGUUCACCGAUCCGCUCCUGACGCCGCUCUGCGGUAGUGACUACAGCGACGGUAAGGAGUGUGGUCAAGUGUGUCCUCACGCCACCGCGUCGCCUGGUCCUCACCCUUCAUCACCCACCAAAACCGAAGACUUCGCCGUCAGCCGCGAGUCUCUGGCCGACGAGGAUGACUCGGUGACCCUGAAGAUGGACAGCGACGACGAGCUUACACCGACCGUCGGCCGACGUCCGCACUCGACGUCGGGAGGCUCCUCGUUCACACUUGUCAAACAUCGCAAGGUCGAACUGCAGCCGUCCAAGCUCAGCGAACAGUGUCUUAAUACUGCACACCACUCGGCAGCAACACCCUCACCAGUGGGAGGAGGCAGUUCAGGCGCAGGAAGUGUGUUCGAUCUGAGGAGGUACUCGUCGUCUGCAAUCAGCGUCGACCCAGCAGCCCCCCUCGAGAGCAACGUGCUCAAGAAAGUCGCCAGUCUCACGCUGGACAAAGCCACGCUAGAGCAGCGCAUCACCAAACCGAAAUUCGUGCCUGAGAAGCUCGACUUUCAGCUUUAUGAAAAGUUCGAAGGUCACAUGCUGAUCAACUGGUUUGUGUCGGCGUUCGCCGAGGAGCACUACCUGCGCCAAGCACUCAAAGUGUCUGAUCUGCGCAUCCUAGCCACGCAGUUCUGCACACACCUCCUGGCUGCUGGCGUCCUGCGACAGUUGCAAGACAAGGAUGCACCUACUGGCGAACCUCUUUUUAGGCCUGACCUGAUCUACUACUGGUCGCAUACAGAGGCAGUGAAUGCUGUUCCCCCCACCCCUGGCAAGCUGCAGCCGGUGUCAUGGCCGCCAAUGCCGCCCCCCUCAGCCACCGACUCCCUCUCAGCCACCGCAUCCCUCCAAGACGUCGUCCUCAACUACAACGGGUCCAGUCGCUCUGUCAGAGGAUCCACAGAAGCUAUCCUGCCAAGAAGUUCGGGAGAAGAGCAAGACGUUUUAACCGAACUAAUAUGGAAGGUCAACCAACAACGAAUAAGAAUAGAAGAAUUGGAGAAUGAAAUUAAUAGAAUGCUACAAGAAAGAGAGAGAUUCCAGACUUUAACUGAUAUUCAGAAUCUUGCUGAUAGAGUUCGAGAAGACUUCGACUCUCCAACAGAUGAGCAAGGAUUGCGUUUCAGCAGAGAGAGUCUCAAAAAUGGUAAUCUAUCCAAUAGACUGAGUCCUGAGGGAGAGUCGUCACCUCAACGGUUGAGAAAAUCCUCAUCAUCCAGUAAGAUUCCUAUUCCAACAUCAAAUCAAAAGUCACCUGGAACUUCAGAUAGAGGCAAUGCCAGUAAAACAACAGGUAGUCCUACAAAAGCAAAGAUCUCAGAACCAUCGGAGACUAAUAAAGAGAUGAUAAAAUCGGAAAGCACGUCUUUAACGUCUACUCUCUGUUUACCAAAGACUCCAGAAGAUGACGAUAAAAGUGAGAAAGAUAAAAAGAAGAAAGUGGCGUUUGUAUCUAGUGAGAAGAUUGAUGAGAGUCGGGAUACAAUGUCCAGUUCUGAAUCACUUCAGAAUGAGAUCUCAUCGAGUUCUGUGGAUACGGCUAGGAUGACAGACACUGCGCCCACGCCCCAACUGUCACCUGUCCCUGGAAUGGGAUCACCAUCUUCAGGCAAAAGUCCAUCAAUGCAACUGUCAGACAUGGCGUGUGUAACUGCUGCUCUUGCUACCACAACUGUAUCCCAAUCUGUUCCUUUAGAGUCUGUGAAAGAAGAGUCUCCUUCAUCACAGCUCCCUCCAACUGUGAUAGAACCACCAAAACUGACCCAUGAAACUGGUUCACCAAGUACUGUACCAUUACCAAGUUCCUCUUCUCAACAAAAAUCCUCCAGUGUAGCAGCAGCUCCUACAACUCCACCACCGCCUCCUCCUCCACCUAUGCCUGGUGUUUGUCCACCUCCUCCACCACCACCUAUGCCUGGUGUUUGUCCACCUCCUCCACCUCCACCUAUGCCUGGUGUUUGUCCACCUCCUCCACCACCUCCUAUGCCUGGUGUUUGUGCACCUCCUCCACCUCCACCUAUGCCUGGUAUGUGCCCUCCUCCUCCGCCACCUCCUAUGCCUGGUAUGUGCCCUCCUCCACCUCCUCCACCCAUGCCUGGUAUGGGUGGACCUCCUCCCCCACCACCCAUGCCUGGCAUGGGACCUCCUCCACCUCCACCGAUACCAGGAGGUGUACCAAUGCCUCCACCUUCGCCAUCACAAGGCAGUUCGAGCUCCCCUACACCCUUCCCGGCACCACCUGUCGGCGGAUGGAAUGCUCAGAAGUCACUGUUCCGGAAACAACCAUUGGUGCCUCCAAUUCCAAUGAAACCAUUGUACUGGACCAGGGUGAUAGUCACGCCCACCAAUUCACCACAGCAUGUUGCAACGUCGCCAGUCGGGACACCAUCAAGUCCAAAUAAUGGCAGUGGGCCACUAUGGGAAGAGUUGGAAGAAGCGAAAAUACCGGACAUUGAUGAGUUUGCUCAUUUAUUCUCACGUCAAGUUAUUGAUAGGAAGAAUACUAAGAAGAAAGUCACGAAGCCAGUGAAAGCCCAGGUUGUGAAAAUUCUGGACAGUAAACGAUCACAGAAUGUUGGAAUUCUUUCAUCUAGUCUACAUGUUGAUUUCUCAGAAAUUGAAAAUGCAAUCUACAACUUCGAUACAUCUGUUGUUAAUUUGGAAGCUCUUCAGCAAAUAUAUGAAGUGAGAGCAACAGCAGAAGAGCUGUCGUUGAUAAGAGAGCACGUGACCAAACAGCCAGACCAGCAGCUGGACAAGCCGGAGCAGUUCCUGUUGGAGCUUGCGGACAUACCACACUUUGUCGAGCGUGUCGCCUGUUUCAUGUUCCAAACCGAAUUCUCCGAUAACAUUGUCGGCAUUGAGAGCAAGCUCAACAAUUUGAAGUGCACCUGCCAGCAACUGAUGUCAUCUGAAAGUCUCAAGAAAGUAUUGGCAAUUAUUCUUGCUCUGGGAAACUUCAUGAAUGGAGGAAAUAGACAACGUGGUCAAGCCGAUGGUUUUGGCUUGGAAAUUCUGGGCAAAUUGAAAGAUGUCAAAAGCACUGAUAACACAAUGACACUGCUGCAGUACAUUGUGAGGGCCUACAUGAAGCAAUGUGAGGACCCGACCAAAGUUGAGCUGCCAGUGCCCGAGCCGGGUGACAUCGAUCGCUCUUCCGUUGUUCUCUUUGAUGACCUCGAAGUGCAGUUGAAAGCUCUUCAAAAAGACCUCACAGACUGUGAGAAGAAAAUGACAGCUGUCAUUUCAGCGUCAUUAGAAGAAAAUUUGCAACCUUUCAAAGAUAAAAUGGAAAAGUUCGUUGCUACAGCUAAGAAGCAACUGAGUGAUGAAUUUGAAAAUCUGCAAGAAUGCAAAAGGAAAUUCAGAGCCACGCUCAAAUUCUAUCAGUUCCAACCCAAAGGAAAUAUGAAAGAAGAAGACGUGGCACCCAAGGAUUUCUUCAUUUUUUGGGCUCCCUUCUGUUCAGAUUUCAAAGAUUUCUGGAAGAAAGAACAGCAGAGACUUGUCAAGGAAAAGUUGAAGGAACUACAAAAGAAACAACAAAUUAGAAAGACCGAAGUCAAAAAGGGGAAGAGAGAAGAAGGUGGCCUCAAAUCGAAGUUUCUCAAGAGGUUCGAAUCUUCAAAAACGUAGGUUCCACGACAAUGACAAAAAAAUACAAAUUGUUCUACGCUUAUAAAGUUACAAUUUUCGGUGCUCAACAGUUAUAUUCGAUUGGAAGGAGGACACAAUAUUUUCACAUAUUGUAAAUUGUUGAAUAUUUUUGUUCUUUUAAUUUGACAUCUCUCUUUCUGUGCUUUGAUAUAAGUUAUUAGUGUAAAGAAAGUGUAGUGAAAAAGUAGACGCACUUGAGGAGAUGUUGAAUUCCAAAAUUAAUAGAUAAUAUCUGUAUUAUUUAUCAAUCUUGAUUGAAUUCUCUCUAUUCAGUAUUUAGCUUUUCUUACAGAUAUAGUUCUUCAACAAAUACAAUUUGAUACUGUAUCAUUAUUGAUGACUCGUUACUAAUCACAAACCUUAACGUGAAUCUGCAGAUCCGCCUAGGCGAAUUUCCUCAGUCAAAUGAGGAGAAAAAUAUAUAUCUAUCAUAAUACAUACAGUAACUUCCUCCUAUAUUUCACCAAUUAAUUAUUCCCAAUGUAUCAAUGGCUGUGACAUUUUUUAUAAUAUACCUAAUGUAAAAAAAUGAUUGUGCAAGGCUUCUAAUUAUGUAAUUCGCUUAUUAACUGUUGAAAUUAUAUGUUCAUAAGAAUUUUACAGUCGUAUAAUAUUGUAUUUAUAGUAUACUUUGCGUUAUUGGCUCCAAUAUUGUUAUUUUCUCCUAAUGUAUUAUUAAUAUUUAUAAUUAGGUUACUAAGUUUUGUAAGAAAAUCUAAAAGCUAUAAAUAUUUUGCACCUAAUGCAGCUUAUGUGUUGAUGAUGAAUAAAUUCAAUUCUUAA